UUCUUCUUCUUCACAGUUUCCCCGUCAAGUGCUACGCUCAUUAUGAAGUCCGUCGGCGUCGUUGCCCUCCUUUCCCUCUCUGCCCUCGCCGCCGACGUCCAUGGCGAGCACGCUCGUCGUGAUGCUCACAUGCUCCAUGCUCGUCAGGACCUCCCCACCCCCUCGGGUUCUGACAGCAGCGGCGCACCGUCUGGCACCAGCAGGCCUGUAGGCUCUGAACCCGCCACAGAUUCCUGGUCAUUCUCCCUCAGGGCUACCAACCCCACUGCCGUUCCUCUCGAGUCUAUCACCGCAGGCGUCGCCACCCGUGCCACCAUGCCCCUCGAAUCUACCGCUGUUCCUGGUGCAGUCCCCACCGCAGUCCAGGGUGCCCCCGAGCUUCCAGAUAUUUCCGCCUGGGACCCCCGACAAUACCCUGACCUCGACGCCAUCCCUCCCGUCGACUCCCCAGAGGUUCAGCAAUGGAUUGACGAAGUCAAGAACUCUGGUAUCGAAAUUCCCGGCUACGAGCCAACUGCCAAGGGUGCCGGAUGCCAAGACCCCGCCAACCUUCCGUUCACCAACGACGCCUCUCGCUGCUGGUGGACAUGCGGUGGAUGCACCACUGUUGAUGAUAUCUCUGAGUGUACGGAGAAGAAUCACUGGGGCCUUACUUUCGACGACGGACCUGGUUUCUACACUCCCAACCUCCUUCAAUACUUGGAUGAAGUUAACCUCAAGGCAACCUUCUUCGUUGUCGGAUCCCGUGUCGUUUCCUUCCCCCAUACUCUUCAAACUCAGUACACUGGUGGCCACCAGAUCGCCGUUCACACCUGGAGUCACAAGGCUUUGACCACCCUCACCAACGAGGAGAUCAUUGCUGAGCUCGGCUGGACUAAGAAGGUCAUCAGGGAUGUCCUCGGUGUUACUCCCAGCCACAUGCGUCCUCCUUUCGGUGAUAUCGACAACCGUGUCCGUGCCAUCUCCCAUGCUAUGGGUCUUACCCCCGUUAUGUGGACUCGUACUCCGGACAACCUUGUCUUCAACACUGAAGAUUUCGAUAUCAACGGCGGCACUGCGACUGUUGAAAAGGUCUUGCACAACUGGCAGAACAUCUUGCAAAGUGUCACUACUUUGGACAAGGGAUUCAUUGUCCUCCAGCACGAUCUCUUCCAGCAAGCUAUUGAUGUUGCUACUGGUUACAUCUUGCCCGACGGUCUUGCUCAUCAACCUCAGUUCACCAUUGAGCCCGUCAUCACCUGCGUCAACAUGCCUAACGCUAAUGCUUACAUCGAGACCAACGACAACUCGACCAACCCCUUCAAGGCUCAACUCGGCAAGAGCAGCCCUGGCAGGUCUGCUGCUACUGGUCUGACUGCCGGUGUUGCCGGUGCUUUGGCUGCUGGCGGUGCUGGAUUCGCCGUCGGCUUGCUCUCGAUGCUCGGCUUCUGA